AUAUCGGCUUGGCCCCAAACCGGCCCAAUUCGCUCGACGGCUCGAGUUGAGUAUCGCCUACCUUUUCCUGGUGAAGUUUUCGCGCCAAAAAAUACUGUGACUGGAAAGCAAGAGGAAUAACUGCCGAAGAAACCCUAAUUUUCUCCAAGACAUUCUAUGGCGCCCUCUGCGAUUCCUGAUUCUCCAUCUCCACCUACAGUAUCUGACAACGAAGAAAAUAAUCUUCAACAAUUCUUCGUUCUACACAAAGCAUUGCCUCGAAAAUCUAGUAGAAAAGUCUCUGGACCCGGAAAAACCAGAAGAAAGAUAGAUUUGUCUCCAGCAUCUCCUAAAUCAGAAGGGAAAUCAGGUGCCAACCACGUCGAAGAAGAAGAUGAUUGUUACUACGAACAGUUGCGUGUUGAAGCUUUCAAUGCGGUGUGGUCGGAGAUCGAAACAAAAAUAAAGGACGUUCUAAGGGAAAUUAAUAUCAGUGCAUUUGAUGAGGUACACCGAUGGGUUUGUGAAUGUUUCUCGACUAUUAAGUCCUCUGGAACACCUGAAGCAGUUCGUCCAUACCCUCUUGUCACUGAUAUCAAUUGCAAACAGAUUUUUACAGCCCUGGUGCUUACAAAGAACAUAGAAUUUGUUGAUGAUCUCUUGACAUUUGAAGAGCUUGGAUUGCAUUUGAAAUCUAAAGGAUGCCAUGUGGCUAAUCUUUCUUCAUUGGACUUUUCUGCCAAGAAUGGGAUUGGUGGAUGCCUCAGAAGUCUAUUGAGACAGUUAGUUAUGGUUUCCUUGGAUGCACCUGAUAUAGCUGUUUUAGCUUCAUGGUAUAGUGAACAAGAGAACUACAAUAAUCCCUCGGUUGUGAUAAUUGGGGAUAUGGAGCGAUGUAGUGGAUCUGUAUUAGCUGAGUUUAUCUUGAUGUUAAGGGAAUGGGUGGUUAAGAUUCCGAUUAUUUUAGUAAUGGGUGUUGCUACAACUAUUGAUGCCCCAAGAAACCUACUUCCAUCAAAUGCAUUGAAACAUUUGUGCCCUUUUAAGUUCAGUCUGGGAUCUCCAUAUGAGAGAAUGGAUGCAAUUGUUGAGGCUGUUCUGCUUAAAACUUGUUUUGGAUUUAAUGUUGGCCACAAAGUGGUCUUCUUCUUGAGAAACUACUUCCAAAGGCAGGAUGGAACAGUGACAUCUUUCAUUAAGGCCUUCAAGAUUGCAUGUGCUAAACAUUUUUCCACAGAGCCUCUAAGUUUCUUAUGCAGAGAUUUACUCAAUGAUGAUAGCGAGGGUUUCUGGAGUGAGAAAUGUGCUCUUUUGCCGGAAGUGAUGCUCAAGAAUGCUUUUAGUUUUCCAUCUUGUCAAAGGUGUAAAAUGACUGAAGGGACAAGCGAGAAUUUGGCUUCUGGUUUAUUUGAGUUGAAGAAAUUGCAGAAGAAUUGGAGUUCGGUGGUUCUUUGCUUACAUGAAGUUGGAAAGUUUCAGAAAAUGCAUCUAUUAGACAUAGUCUGUGAGGCACUUGAUCCAGCAACAUACAACAAAAAUGCUUCAGAUAAUCACUUGGGAAUAGGGAAUGGAUUUUCAAAGUCUUCUCCGUCAGAUUGUUGUUUGCAUGCUGGACAAUAUUCAGGGAAGAGUAAGGGAGGUAUUAUUAGUCAGGUAGUACGCAGGGUAAGGGAUCUUCCUGUGGCAUUGCUAUCUCAAUUGCUUAACAUUUGGAGAAAACACACCAAGGGAAUCUCUGAGAUCCAUGACAAAGUAAAAGAGCUUCAGUCUAUGUUGAAAUUUGAGGACAAUGGGAAGAGUCUGAAACAAGAUUCUAAAGACACACCCAAGAGGCCUUCAUCUCGGGGUACUAUGAAUAUGGAGGACAAAAAAACAGUUAAUGAGAAAUCUGCUACUUUGAUGGAGUACAUGAUUGUGAAUUAUCUGCAGCCAAUCGAGUGUAUACCUUUUCAUGAAAUUAUAUGUUUUAAGAAUGUUGAAUUGCUUCAAUCAGCUCUGAUUGGAGAUCCAAGAAGAACGGUUCAAGUUGAUCUUCUGAAGUCCCACAACUUUCUCCAAUGUAGUUGUUGCAGCAGGAGUGGGAAUGUCCUCUUACCAUCAAUGCACGAUACCUCUAUUAUGUAUACUUUGGCUCAAGAGCAUGGUGAUCUUAUUAACCUUCAUGACUGGUUCCAAUCUUUUAAAGAAAUUCUUCUUGGGCCAAGUACCAAAGGAAAACAUAAGAUGAAGCAAUCACCUCUAAGUAAGAAAAGAAAAGAUAGAGAUGAACCACAUGACAUUAGUGAGGCUUCAAUUCAAGCACGGUUCUGCAGGGCAGUAACAGAACUCCAGAUUACGGGGCUGCUUCGAAUGCCAAGCAAGAGACGUCCUGAUUAUGUUCAGAGGGUUGCCUUUGGACUAUAACAAGUGAAAGCAUUUUCAAGAGGGUUGCCUUUGGAAUAUAACUUUUAUUCAUGUUCAAUGUGGACAGGGUGUGUAGGCAUCGGAGGUAGCCAAAAAGUUCGUUUGCUGAAUGGAUGUCGCUUAUAAAAGAUAAUAUACACAGGUUAAAGAUCUUCCAUGUUCUAAGAGAAUGAUCUGCCAUCAGAUUAUCGUGGCUUUGAAGGAUUUCCACAAAUCAUAUAAUGAUCAAGUUGCACAAAAUGAUCUCUAUGAUUGUAUCCACCACUUGAUAAUCCUGAGAUCACCAAGUGAAAAAUCUAUUUGGCUAGACGGUUGUCAUUCCAAUGAGAAGACUAUUGGAUUAUCUAAUAUGUAAAAGUUUUCUGAUUUGUUCUUUUACAGUUGAACUAGUCUGUUGAAUUCUUUUUCUAUUUAUUUAUUUAUUUGAACAAAUUUAUUCAAUUAGUGU